GGCCUCCCCCUGCCCGACCCCGUCCGCCCUCCCCGGGCCCCCACCCGGCGCCGCCCGUCCGCGGCCUCGCCUGGAGCGAGCCCCGGGGUCUGCGGCCCCCGGCGGUCCGGUCGUGCGGGUGAAACGUGCUCCCGCCCCGCGGCCCCCGCGGCUCGCGCCGGAGCAGCCGUGUCCGUGAGCCCGGCCCCGCGCCUGCACCCGCGCGGCCGGGGGCUGGGAGAGCGCGGCGGGUGCCGGGGACCAGGGGCGCUGGGGGGCUCGCUGCGCGUGCCGGGCGGGUACUGCCGCGGGCUACUGCCGCGGGGCGCGCUGAAGUCAAAGGUGCUUUCUCCGCGCGGCUCCGGCGCGUCGGCAGCUGUGUGGCCUGCGGCGAUCCCCGCGUGGGCUGCGCGGUCACGGGAGCUGUGCUGUGGCGCGCUGCUGCUGUGGUCCGAGUCGUCGUCGCGCGUGGGGGGCGCUCGGCGGUGCUGGGCGGUCCGGGCGGAGCAGUGGGGGGCGUUCGCUGGGAUGGGCCUGGACGACAGCCGUCGGGGUUCAGUCGGGUCCGUGGAGGGCCUUUCCUGCCCGAACUGUUGUGGUAGGGCACUGAGGGGCCGUUGGGGCGGGCCUUUGCACCGUUCAGGCCUAGGCUUUGAUGUCUGUGAGUGAGACGAUGGACCAGGGUCUGCGGGGACUCCGAGGUCCUGUCCCGGCCAUGCUCGGGCUCCGCGGCUUGGACGAAGCCCGCGCAGGAGUGAGCACAGCUGGGCGUAGGCCUCCUCCGCCUGGCAGCUUCACCGGCCCGAAGUCCGCGUGAGGGGAGCUUUCCCAGCGCUCCAGACUGGCCCGGGUGCUGCUGGCUGUUCUCUGGAUUGCUACGCAGAUACAUGUCACAGAGCAAGCACACAGAGGCGCGGGAACUCAUGUGCUCAGGGGCACUGCUGUUCUUCAGCCACGGCCAACAAAACAGUGCUGCGGACUUGUCCAUGCUGGUCUUAGAGUCGCUGGAGAAGGCAGAAGUCGAGGUGGCCGAUGAGCUGCUGGAAAAUCUGGCCAAACUGUUCAGUUUGAUGGACCCAAAUUCUCCAGAACGAGUGGCUUUUGUGUCUCGAGCCCUGAAGUGGUCCAGUGGAGGAUCUGGGAAACUGGGCCACCCCCGGCUCCACCAGCUGCUGGCCCUCACCCUGUGGAAAGAGCAGAACUAUUGUGAGUCCCGGUACCACUUCCUGCACUCUGCGGACGGCGAAGGCUGCGCCCACAUGCUGGUGGAGUACUCGACCUCCAGGGGCUUCCGCAGCGAGGUGGACAUGUUCGUGGCCCAGGCUGUGCUACAGUUUCUCUGUUUAAAAAACAAAAGCAGCGCAUCGGUGGUGUUCACAACGUACACACAGAAGCACCCGUCCAUCGAGAACGGCCCUCCGUUCGUCCAGCCUCUGCUCAACUUCAUCUGGUUUCUGCUGUUGGCUGUAGACGGAGGCAAACUGACCGUAUUCACGGUGUUGUGUGAGCAGUACCAGCCGUCCCUGCGGCGGGACCCGAUGUACAAUGAGUACCUCGACAGGAUAGGACAGCUCUUCUUCGGCGUGCCGCCCAAGCAGACUUCUUCCUACGGGGGCUUGCUCGGGAACCUUCUGAGCAGCCUCAUGGGUGCCUCGGAGCAGGAGGGCGACGACAGUCAGGACGACAGCAGCCCCAUUGAGCUCGACUGACCCCGCCCGCCUGGCCUGCAUGAAGACGCCCUGACCCCGGGCCCUCACACCCGGGGCUCCCGUUGUGAGGCGAUGGCGGCCACGCGGGCGCCCGUGAGCUGGCCCGGGGCUGCGCGGCCUGCUGCGGCUGGGCUGGCUGGGCUGCACCUGCACCUUCAGACUGACCCACAAUAAAGCACAGGCCUUGCCGCGCUACCACCCUU